UGUAGUCCCGGCCCCGGCGCAGCCCGGCCCGCGCAAGCCCACGCAAGCCCACGCAGACUACUACUCCCGGCAUGCCUCGCGGCCCGCCGGCCAAUCGCGGCGCGCUUUGUUGCGAGGGUGCGGCACGCGCGGAGGCCCCGUCCAAGAUGGCGGACGACAGUGAGACAGCAGUGAGGCGGCCACCGGCGAGGCCUUCGCGGCCGGCGGCGGAGGAGAACGACCACGAGCAUUGCAGCGACUGCGAGAACGAGGCGGAGCAUGGCUCUAACCGGGGGGGCCUGAGUCCAGCAAAUGACAGCGGAGCCAAAAAGAAGAAAAAGAAACCCAAACGGAAGAAAGAGAAAGGAGGAGGAGACCAGCCUGACCAGGCUCAGGACCAGCCAGUGAAGGUGAACUCUUUACCUGCUGAGAGGAUCCAGGAGAUUCAAAAAGCCAUUGAGCUCUUCUCUGUAGGUCAGGGCCCUGCCAAAACCAUGGAGGAAGCCAGCAAGAGGAGCUACCAGUUCUGGGACACACAGCCAGUGCCCAAGCUAGGAGAAGUGGUGAACACCCACGGCCCGGUGGAGCCGGACAAGGACAAUAUCCGCCAGGAGCCCUACACCCUGCCCCAGGGCUUCACCUGGGACGCCCUGGACCUGGGGGAUAGAGGUGUGCUGAAGGAGCUCUACACGCUGCUCAACGAGAACUACGUGGAGGACGAUGACAACAUGUUCCGCUUCGAUUACUCGCCCGAGUUCCUGCUGUGGGCACUGCGUCCUCCAGGCUGGCUGCCCCAGUGGCACUGUGGGGUCCGGGUGGUCUCCAGCAAGAAGCUGGUGGGAUUUAUCAGCGCGAUUCCAGCCACCAUCCACAUCUAUGACACAGAGAAGAAGAUGGUGGAGAUAAACUUCCUGUGUGUCCACAAAAAGCUGCGCUCCAAACGGGUGGCCCCGGUUCUGAUCCGUGAGAUCACGCGGAGGGUGCAUCUGGAGGGAAUCUUCCAGGCUGUUUACACUGCGGGAGUGGUGCUGCCAAAGCCUGUGGGGACUUGCAGGUAUUGGCACCGCUCCCUGAAUCCUCGGAAGCUCAUCGAGGUCAAGUUUUCCCACCUGAGCAGGAACAUGACUAUGCAACGGACCACCAAGCUGUACAGGCUGCCUGAGACUCCCAAGACUCCUGGCCUGCGGCCCAUGGAGCACAAGGACAUCCCUGCUGUGCACAAGCUCUUGACUGAGUACCUGAAGCAGUUCCACCUGACACCCGUGAUGAGCAGAGAGGAGGUGGAGCACUGGUUCGUACCUCAGGAGAACAUCAUCGACACCUUCGUGGUAGAGAGUGCCCCGGGAGAGGUGACAGACUUCCUGAGCUUCUACACCCUGCCCUCCACCAUCAUGAACCACCCGACCCACAAGAGCCUGAAAGCUGCUUAUUCCUUCUACAACGUCCACACCAAGACGCCUCUCAUCGACCUCAUGAGCGACGCGCUCAUCCUCGCCAAGUCGAAAGGAUUUGACGUCUUCAAUGCACUGGAUCUCAUGGAAAACAAAACCUUCCUGGAGAAGCUGAAGUUUGGGAUCGGGGAUGGGAACCUGCAGUAUUACCUGUACAAUUGGAAGUGUCCCAGCAUGGCACCAGAGAAGGUUGGAUUGGUGCUGCAGUAAGGGAGCCCUUGCCAGGAGAGCGUGGAGGAGCCGGGUCUGUGGAGGUGCUGCCCUCAUCCUUUCUGCCAAAGCUGGACCCACGCCGGGAGAGGGGCACCGGAGCCGCCCCCGCUGCUGUCAGCACCUCCUCGUUCCAUUUAACUGCAUCUCCUAAAGACAUGAUGGAGGGAAUGUAACUGCUGAAACUAGAUCAUGAUUGGCAUAUAAUGGAUUUCACGGGUGAAUAAUAAAAGUAUAUAUUAUAUAUAUUUUAAAUCUUUCCUGUUCCCAACUGCCAUGAGUUACAUUCGGCUGCUGAAGGUCACCGCUGGGCUGCUGGACUGGGACUUUUCUCCGUGGGGACAACUGAGGUUGAUGCUGUGGCAACGUGGUGGCUGCUGGGCAAACCCUCCUUCAGGCUCUAUCCUGCUCAGCUCUUUGCCCCCUCUGUUACACAGGGAAGCACGUCAGGAUUCCUUUCCAAGGGCUAUUUGUGCAAGUGAUGCCUUGUCCCACCUCCUGCCCAGCCACGGAGACUCCAACCCUUCCUGCUGGACGCUCGGGCUCCUGGGGCUGCUUCCCCUCAGCCUCCCCCGUGGGGCUGUGGGCACCGGGGAUGCUCCACUGCCACUGCCACACCUCCAGCCUCUCUGCUCAGCUGCUUUUCUCUGGAAGCGUGGAAAUCUGGAUACUCCAUCGGCAUCGCCCCAGGGGCCUCAGCCUCCCCGGUGCCUCCACCACCACCCCCCAGUGUCACCCAGUGUCACCUCGUGCUGUGGGAUCCGAGAGAAAGGAAAUGUUUUCAUGGAAAACUUUCAUCCCAUCGAGGAGUGCCCGGACAGCUCCUGCCACGUCUGAACCCAGAGCUCCGAGAUGCUCCUGCCCAGCCAAAGGUUUCCAAAGCUGCACACCAAGGCCAAGACCCCGUCUAUGCACCCUCACGUCUCCCUGUCCUCGCGUGUCCCUGUCACACCCCGUGGCAGCACGGACGCUGAGCGCCUGUGCCCGCCCCAGCCCGGACCUGUGGGGCCUCAGUGGGGACCAGGAGCCCAUCACAUCCCCCUGCCUGGGGUCCUGUGUCACCUAUGCAAGUACCUCUGUGUCCCCUCCUGUGUCCCUGUUGUCCCGAGGUAGGGGAGGCUGGGUGUGGGUGGGGACCCUCCCCCUGUCCCCAUGGCAGGUUUGAGGGCUGCUCCAAUGAAUUCCCCCAGCUUCUAUGGGUGCCUGGCAGCUCCCCAGGGCACUGCUGAUUUGGGAGUGGGCUCAGCUCUGAUCCACCCACAGCGGGCCCCAGAGGGUGACAGGGACACUGGGACAGGCUCUGUUAAAAUAAAACCUUUAUUUGACUGGCUUGA